AUGAGGGACGAGCCCUGUCGUGACGCCGAGGAUAUCGUGAGAUCGACUGUCGAGCAGUACUACGACAGGGAUGCCACCAUCGCCCCAGCCCUGCUCAGACUCCAUUUCCACGACUGCUUCGUUCAGGGGUGCGAUGCCUCGGUCUUGAUCUCUGGAGCGUCCUCUGAAAGGAGUGCGCCGCAGAAUUUUGGUCUGAGGGGGUUUGAGGUGAUAGAUGACGCUAAAUCUCAGCUGGAAGCCGUGUGCCCUGGGGUGGUGUCCUGCGCUGAUAUACUGGCUCUCGCCGCACGUGAUGCUGUUGAUCUGACUGGUGGCCCAAGCUGGUCAGUGCCACUGGGGAGAAGAGACGGCAGAAUUUCAUUGGCUUCUGGUGCUAGUGCCUUGCCUUCUCCUGCCGAUCCUGUAUCUGUUCAGAGACAGAAGUUUGCCGACCAGGGCCUGUCAGACCAUGAUCUCGUCACAUUAGUUGGUGCCCACACCAUCGGGCAGACGGACUGCCAGUUCUUCAGCUACCGUCUGUUCAACUUCACGGCGACGGGCAACGCGGACCCAGUUCAGAACUGGGUGCGGGCCGGCCUGGUUGCCUGCAACCGCCGUCCUGCAAACAAAGCUUUUCAAACACCUACCACAGCCCGCAUUUUGCAAAUAGGCCUCAAAUGUGCAACCUUACAAGAUGGGCUGCAAGUGAUUGAACUUGUCAUUGAUAAUAUUAGAGAGAGUGUGAAGUACAUCAAGAGUUCUCAAUCUAGAAAGGAAAAAUUUGAGGAGAUAAUUGCAGAGAUGGGCAUAUAUUGUGGGAGUCGGCCUUCACUAGAUGUUCCGAUGCGUUGGAACUCAACUUGUGAUAUGUUAGAGUCAGGUUUCCCAUUUCAAGAGGCUUUUCAUGAGUUAGCAGAGAAAGAUAAAGACUACCUAUAUUGUCCAACACCUGAAGAGUGGCAAAGAGCUUGUGCAGUUUAUAAGUUUUUGAAGGUAUUCGAGUCAGCAACUAGAGUUGUUUCUGGUACAAGAUUAACAGCUCCAGCAGCAACAUUGAAGAGCUUGGAGUUGCAUGAUAACUUGAAAGACAAGGAUGGCACUGCAAACUACUUGAAAGGACCUAUACUGAUCUUGUGUUAUCUGAUCGUUGCUGCCAGUUUCUUUGUUCAUGUUGAUCCGCAAUCGAAGCAAGCCGCAUGUGCGCGCGGCAGUUGCGGCGGCCUGCAGGCCCUCUGCAUAGCGGCCCGCUUACAUCCUGUGGCGUUCCUGCCGCAGCUCCGGGCGCUGUGCCCGCCCGGCGGCGACCCGGGCCGGCGGGUGGCGCUGGACAAGGACAGCCCCGGGGCGUUCGACGUGAGCUUCAUCAAGAGCGUCCGGGACGGCAACGCCGUGCUGGAGUCGGACCAGCGGCUGUGGAGCGACGCCGCGACGCAGGGCGCCGUGCAGAAGUACGCCGGCAACGUGCGCGGCCUGCUCGGGCUCCGGUUCGCGUACGAGUUCCCCAGGGCCAUGGUGCGGAUGAGCAGCGUCGCGGUGAAGACCGGCGGGCAGGGCGAGGCCAGGAGGAGGUGCUCCAGGAUCAACUGAUGCGGCGCAGGCGGCAGAGUUCUACCGGCCGUGUCCGUGUGCGCGCGAACUGGAACUGCUUCGUGUGUUGGCACGUCGUGCUCGGCUGGGGAUAUGAAACAAAUGGUGCCAGCAUGCAAUGGUUCUUUGCUAGUUUUGGAUGGGCCCUGCCCCUGUGGUGUAUGCGUGUGUGGCUUGUUGCCUGUCACUUUCUUGUUCUGUAUCUGAAGGUAACAUGCAUAAUUCGGCCAACA